AUGGACGACGCCGGCGCGCUUCGGCGCCGCGCUUCGGCGCUCGGCGCGACGCUCGGCGCGGACGACGACGCGCGCGCGUUCGGCGAACGCGUCGCGCGCGGCGACGUCGCCGGGACGCUGCGCGACGCCGAAGCGCGACCUGAACUCUUGCGCGCUUGCGUCGACGACGAGGGACGGCGCGCGACGCACGCGGCGGCGGCGCGCGGACGCGCGGGGGCGCUCGAGGCGCUGCUCGCGAGCGGCGCGGCGGCGGACGCGCGAGACGGCCGAGGACGGACGGCGCUGCACGAAGCGGCGAAGAGAGGCGACGGGGCGUGCGCGCGGGCGAUACUGGACGCGCGGCGGAAUUACGGGGCGCGGCAUCCGAGCGCGCUGGGGGCGAGGGUGGACGCGAACGCGCGGGACGCGGCGGGAUCGACGCCGCUGCUGGAGGCGACGUCGAGGGAGAUGAUCGCGACGCUGCUGCGAGAGGGCGCGGAUGGAUCGAUGCGACGGGGCGAUGGAUCGAACGCGGUGCACCUGGCGUGCGAUCGCGCGGAUGGGUGGGCGGUGGAGGCGUUGUUGGGGUGCGGCGUCGAUUGCGACGCGAGAGACGGGUCGAAGCGGACGGCGCUGCACCGAGCGAGGGACGCGCGAUCCGUGGUCGCGCUGUGCGCGUCGGGCGCGGACGUCGAGUGCGUGGACGCGCGGGGACACACGCCGCUUCACGCGGCGGCGAUCGAGGGUAAGCCGGAGGUCGUCGUGCCUCUCGCGAACGCGGGCGCGCGGUUGCGCGCGAGGACGCGAGGCGGGUUCUUGCCGGGCGCCACCGCGGCGGACUUGGCGGCCAAGUACGGGCACGACGACGUCGCGCGAUUGCUGGCCGACGCGAGACAGGUGUCGCGCGUCGCGUAUUUAUCGAUGUGUGCCGUCAAUCACGAGGAAGAGCGAAUUAAAAAGCAAAUGAGGCGCUCGAGCGAGAAGCGCGCGGCGCUCCUGUGGGGCGCGCUCGUCGCGGUCGGCGUCGUGUUGUUCGCGCUCGUCGUCGGUCACUUUUGGUUCGCGGGGGCGAAGAGAGAGUUGCGCGAGUGGCGAGAAAUCCGACAGUCCAGAGAAAAGGCGAAGAUUCUAAAGGCGAAACAGCAGGAAGCGGCGGCGAAGGCGGAGCUGAAACGCAAAAUGAAGGCGGAGGCGGCGGCCGAGGCGUGGCGAGAGAACGCUCGCCAAAACAUUUCCUCGCGGCGUUGCGCGAACGCCUCGACGCGUCGAACAAAGGAAAGACUGAAGCCGAAGUGGACGCUCACCUGA